UUAGGAUAGUAUAGAAAACCUAUUGGAGUCUCAAUUGACACCGUCCUGGGUGAGGGUCGUGUGGGUGUCACGUUCUCCACCACCUACCAUGGCAAUGAGGGAGUUGGUGGAGCCAGAGUGUGGGGGCUCUAAUCCUUUGAUGAAGCUAGCUAGCCACUUCACUCAGGACAAGGGCCUGCAACAAGAAGGACUCCAGGGCUCCCUAGUGUGGCCUCCCACUGGCCCAGUAGCAGAUGUGGUGCCCAAACCUCUUGGAAGAGCCACGGAAGAUGAUCUGGUGGCAGAGUUCCUUCAAGAGCAGAAUGGCCCCAUGCUCUCCCGCGGCCCACAAACAUUCAAGAUGGAUGAUCUGUUGGCUGAGAUGCAGGAAAUUGAGCAAUCUAAUUUCCGACAGGCCCCACAGAGAGCUCCAGGAGUGGCAGCGCUGGCUCUCUCGGAGAACUGGGCCCAGGACUUCCUUGGUGCAUCUGAUAAUGCAGUUGAUGUUUCCGGCGCAGAUGAUGAUGAUGCCGAUUGGUCUCAGGAGUUCAUUGCCGAGGUUACAGAUCCAUUAUCCGUAUCUCCUGCCAAAUGGGCAGAAGAGUAUUUGGAGCAGUCAGAGGAGAAGCUGUGGCUGGGUGAAUCAGAAGAUCAGACCUCGGCUGAUAAAUGGUAUGAGGAAUAUCAGCCUGAAGACGAUCUGAAAAAAACAGCUAAUGAUUUUCUUGCAAAAGUGGAUGAUCCCAAACUGAAUAAUUCUGAGUUCCUAAAAUUUGUUCGCCAGAUUGGAGAUGGGAGGGUAUCCAUCGAGGCCAAUCGGGUGACCAUUAAUCCCAGGGACCAGGAUAAGGCAGAGCAAUGGGCAACUGAGUUUAUUCAGCAGCAGGAUACAUCUGAAGCCUGGGUAGAUCAGUUUGCACACACUGGGAAUGCGCUGGAGCCAGAUUCAGAAUUUGAGCAGGCCAAGACUGCCGUGGAGUCAGAUGUGGAUUUUUGGGACAAAUUGCAGGCUGAGUGGGAAGAGAUGGCCAAGCGAGACGCAGAGGCUCAUCCUUGGCUAUCAGAUUAUGAGGAUUUUGCCAGCUCCACUUACGACAAGGGAUACCAGUUUGAAGAAGAUAACCCUGUACGGGACCACCCACACCCUUUUGAGGAGGGGCUGAAAUGUCUGGAGGAGGGGCAUCUCCCCAACGCUGUCUUAUUCUUUGAAGCUGCUGUGCAACAAAAGCCUGACCAUAUGGAGGCUCCCACAGUUGAUUGUCCACCAAUUACCUGCAGUGCUUUUGUUUUGGGAAAACUGUCUGAGCAGUUUCAACAAUUCUCAGGACUUGACCUUGGUGGGUGCCUGGAGUUGCAGCCCGGAAACCUCACUGCACUCAUGGCUUUAGCUGUCAGUUUCACCAAUGAAUCGCUGCAGAAGCAGGCAUGUGAAACCUUGCGCGACUGGCUGUACCACAAACCGGCCUACGCUCAUCUGAUGGGAAAAGAACCCGAAGGGGAGAAAUCUAGCCCAGGUCUGGGCUCCUCCAAACGUGUUCUGGGUUCCCUCCUAACUGACUCACUUUUUCAUGAGGUGAAGGAAUUGUUCUUGGCAGCUGUCCGUAGCAACACCGAUGUGGUGGACCCUGAUGUGCAAUGCGGUCUGGGUGUUCUCUUCAACCUGAGUGGCGAGUAUGAGAAGGCUGUGGAUUGCUUCACUGCUGCCCUGAGCUCACGGCCAAAUGAUCAUCUCCUUUGGAACAAGUUGGGAGCCACCUUAGCCAACGGGAACCGGAGUGAGGAAGCUGUAGCUGCUUACCGGCAGGCGCUGGAACUGCAGCCGGGCUAUAUACGUUCUCGUUACAACCUAGGCAUUAGUUGUAUCAAUUUAGGAGCCCAUAGAGAGGCUAUAGAACACUUCUUGGAAGCCUUGCAGAUGCAGCAGAAGAGUCGCGGGCCACGGGGCCAACAGGGAGCCAUGUCUGACAACAUCUGGAGCACCCUCCGUAUGGCCCUCUCCAUGAUGGGCCACAGCAACCUCUAUCAAGCAGCAGAUGCCCACGACCUUCCUACCCUCCUACAGGCUUUUGCUCUUCAGCAGUGACUCCUGGAUGGGCUCCCUUGUGAAUGCAGGAGGAGCCCUCCCCCAUACUAGUCCCUUCUUUCUCUUCCCACACAGACAAAAAUGGCCAAGUCAGGGACACUUCCCUUUUAAUUCUCAAGCUGUCCUUGGAAACAGCAUAAACACCUAUUUUCUGUCUCCUUUUUAGGGCAGGUCACUGGUUUACAUGUUGUGCUGGAUCUGUAAAAUUAAGCUUCCUUAUCCUAUGCAAAUCCAGCAAGGAAUGGUACCUACUGUGUGCCUGUCCCAGCCUGCAAAAUUUAGUUUAGGAAGGGGGGAAAAAAGCCCCUUGAGCAGAAAAGUAUUUAGAUUUCCCUUCAGCGGUGUCUUCUAGGCACAGAUUUAAAAGUAGUGUGCUUUUUUCUUAUAGGUCAGUCUCUGUGAUAACAAGGAAAGGAAUUCUGGCCCUUGAAGACGGACAUUAGUGUUACCUGCUAAAUCUCUUGCAGAGUAUUUAUGCUGAUGUUCUUUGCACAUCCGGUUAAGAUGGUUUCGUUAGGUUGAAACAAAAUAUGAAUUUUGGACUCUGGACUUGAAAAGUGCUGCUAAUUUUACAGAGACAACAGAAAGGGAAUGAACACUGCUUAUGAAGUAGCAACGUAGCCGAUGUCACCACCCCAGAGAUGGGAAAGGAGCAGCUGGGUAUUUAUUAAAGCAAGAAUGUAUCUGGGAAGCAGCAAACUUGGCAGUUACCAGAAAUGCAAAGUGUGGGCCAAGAACUUUCUCUUAAUUACCCCUCUGCCUUUUCGGUUCCCCAUAAAGUGGUUGGGCUAUCUCUUUUCAUCAGGCUUUUCCCUUUGGUGUAAUUGGCUCUUUAUAAAUAUAUGUAUAUGAUUUUUGUUGGGAAAAUGUUUUUAAAUUGUAAAGUAUUUUGUAUAAUAGAAAGUGAAAGAAUAAAACCUGCCAAAUUAAGCUGUCA